AUGAAUGUUGUCGCUUUGUUCCUCGUUGUGACUUCACUAGUCAGCGCGGGAAUUUGGUCUCCGAGCCCAGAUCAACAGAACCAAAAGAAGCAAGGAGAGGAAGUCAUAGUGAAAAACGGGCACAGAGUGGUUGUUGUUGAGUACGAGGACCAACAAGGCCACAACCCCAACACCAAGGUCUCCAUCUCGGCGGAUCAAGAUGGCCGCCGCAAAUCCAGCUCCGCUAUUUCCAACAAUGACAUUUCGACGCCCUCCAAGGUGACGAGGGCCUUGGACAAUGCUAUGGAGAACAUCAAAGAAGCCGCCGCGUCGGUUCUUCCAAAUCGAGGCCAGGGACAAGGCCAAGGCCUUUCGAAAUCGAAAACUGAUGAAGAUGGCCACCACUAUAGUAGCCCGAAAGAGCUGAUAUGCGACGCGUAUGGGAAAUGCAAGUACAAGAUUGCCAAUGCUUUGGAGACCAAGAAAGAUAUUUUGAAGGAGACUGCACAUGAAGCCAAAGAGACAGCACACAAGGUCAUAGAGAUCAAGAAGGAUAUUGACAAGGGGAUUGCACAUGAAGUCAAGGAGACGGCUCAGAAGGUCGGAGAGGCGGUGGAAGAUGCAUACGACGCCGUUUCCGAGAGAGCUCAUCAGGAGGUUGGAGAGCGUGCCAAGGAGGCUGCACACAAGGCCAAAGAUACAGUAGGAGGUGCAUAUGGAAGAGCCAAGGAUACAGUAGAAGAUGCCUAUGAGAGAGCCAAAGGGACGAUUUCGGAUACAACACAUGAGGUUGAAGAACGAGCCAAAGAGUCGGUGGACAAAGCAAUGAACACAGCCAAGACAGCAAAGGAAAUGGGACAGACCUUAAGUGGAGACGUACAAAGAAAUGUGUCCAAAUUGAAAACAGCUCCGGAACAUGUUAAAGAGAAAGCAAAAGAGGCCAAAGAGACAGUGGAGGAUGCAUCAGAAAGAGCCAAAGAGACCAUGGAGCACGCUGCUUAUAAGGUUAAGGCCGGGGCAGAGGAUAUAAAGGAUGUGACCGAUAGGAGGUUGAAUCGAGUGUUUAAGAAAGGAAGAGAUAUCUUGUAUGGUGUGUUAAGGUCUAUGGGGUCAUUGUUUCCAGCGGUUGAUCCUUUGUUAUCCGGGCUGAGUUUGUUUGGGUUUGCCACUGCUUAUGGCAUGUCUAUGUGGAUAACAUUUGCUUCAAGCUAUUUGUUGUCUCGGGUGCUUUCCCCGCACCAGUUUGGGAUGGUGCAGAGCAAGAUUUACAAGGUUUAUUUCGCGGCAAUGGCCAGUACUGUUGGGAUGGCAUUGUUGGGCCAUCUAUUGAACCAUUGGAAGAAGUUGACAGGGAGGAAUGUUGACGCCUUACAGAACUACAAUCUUUUGCUUGCCGAGUUAAUGGUUCUGUUCAAUAUGUUACACUUGGAGCCAAGAUCCACUAAGGUGAUGUUUGAGAAACUGAAGUUGGAGAAAGAAGAAGGAAGAGGGAGAGAGCAUGUUGGUGCCGAAACCAGCACCGAGGCUGAGCGACAUUCACUUACUGCCGAACCCUCAACAACAACUCCCUCAGAAGUCCCAGAAGGGAGGGAGUGUGAGGUAGUUCAGCCUCAGGUUGACAGACUUAACGAGGCACAUCAGAGGCUCAAUAAGCUGAAUUCCUACUCAUCUAUCCUCAACAUCUUGUCACUAAUGGCUCUUACUUGGCAUCUAGUAUACCUUGCUAAGCGACUGCAAAGUUCUUGCUGCUGAUCGAUAAGGAUAUUGUUCCCAUCUUUGGAUGUUGUUGAACGAUGAUAGUCUUUGUUUUCCCUCUUUCUUUGUGAUGUUUUGUAAAUUUGGUAC